UUUUUUGGUUGUCCAAAAUAGAUAAACCCCAAAACCCCCUAUACAAACUUUCAAUUUUGCUUAAACACAGGCGAAGAAAACCUAGAUUUUGCAAUUGGAGCAUGAGCUUCCUCCAGAGUCUUCAAUUGUUUCGUGCUUUUCGCGUCUGUAACAACGCUAUUCAUGGCCGCUCAUUCCUCUCCUCUUCCUUUAUACUGCACUUGGAGACAGAAAACUUUACUCAUUGUGGCAGCCUCCAGACCUGCUUUUUAUCUACCACUGUUGAUACAUCGGAGUUCGAACGUGAUGAACUUGUCGAUGAUGGAGCUGCAAAGGAGAAACACACUGCAUUGCGCGGUGCUCUAACACAACUUGCAAGUGGAUUUGGGCAAGAGUGCAUGUUGUCUUUGCCAAACUUCUUUAUUCCGCGUUGCGCUUCAGUGAUAUCCACAGGAUCCUUAAAGCUUGACCUGGCACUUGGGAUAGGAGGUUUACCAAAGGGGAGAAUUGUUGAGAUUUUUGGAAAGGAAGCCUCUGGAAAAACAACACUUGCCCUUCAUGUGAUUAAGGAAGCCCAAAAGCUUGGAGGUUUUUGUGCAUACCUUGAUGCUGAAAAUGCAAUGGAUCCCAUGCUUGCUGAAGCCAUUGGCGUUGAUACAAAGAACCUGCUUAUAUCAUAUCCAGACUCAGCUGAAAACAUGCUUAGUAUAGUUGAUAAAUUGACCAAUAGUGGAUCAUUAGAUGUAAUCGUGGUUGAUAGUGUAGCAGCUCUUGUUCCCCAGUGUGAGCUUGAUGCUGCUAUUGGAACUGGUGAACCCAAUGUCCUGUCCAAAAUAAUGACCAGGGCACUCAAAAGAAUUCACUACUCGUUAUGUCGAUCAAAAACACUCAUCAUAUUUCUUAAUCAGGUAAGAUACAGUCGAAAAUCCAAGGAGGGCUUUGGUAAGAUGGAUGAGGUAACUUGUGGUGGGAAUGCCUUGGAAUUCUAUGCAGCUGCACGGUUGAGAAUUUCGAGAACUGGAUUGUUGAAAUUGAAUGAUAAGGCAACUGGCAUCAAGAUAUGUGUUCAAGUGAUGAAAAAUAAAUUAGCACCUGGAAUGAAGAGCACUGACUUGGAAAUAAACUUUGGAACAGGAUUACGUUUUGAAACUGAGGUCUUAGAAUUGGGUCUUGAGCGUGGUCUGAUUAUAAAGGAAGGUAACAGUUACUUCAUUGAGGGAGAAGUCCUUAGCAGCGAGCAGGCUGCUGAAAGAUAUCUGACAGAAAAUGAGGUAGUUUUGGAGAAAGUAGUCAUGGACUUGAGACGUCGGUUAUUUGAUAAGAGAUCCUGAUUGCGCUAUAUAAUUGAGUUGGUUUGAUUAUCUUUGCUAUAUCGGUUAUUGCUUUGAAGUGGCUGGUCUUCUGUGGUAACAUUUCUGCUAGAGGAAUCAUCUCUAUUGGUCUCCUUGGAGCAGGUUUUAAUUGGAUUCAGAUGCUAUUCUUUGUCUGUGGAUCAUAAGCUUUUUCACCGAAUAAGCCGAUCCCCUAAAAUAGCUAUGGUGGUAUCUCAUACGUCGUAUGAUUGUAGCGGGGUACGUGUUUGUGGUGAUACAUUGGAUAAUUACGGUGGACUUCAAAUGAGUAUGGUGGUAUAUUAAAUGGUUAGCAUGGUUGGGAUGUGCAAAAUACGGUACAUCCCGGGGAUUGAUCUAGCGUUGCUCCAUGUGAGAAACCUAAUUAGAACUGCAUCAAAAUGUAUGUGGUGAUGUUAGUAUGUUACCCUACCCCUAUAUUUCUCUCCUUAAAUCAUGGGUGUCUUUCUAUAUUUUGCUGGAAUUUCUGGUAGAUUUUAACUGUCUUGCUGUUGCAAUCUAUGAUACUUACUGAAUCUUGUGGAAGCUAAAAUUAGCAUAAAACUGUGAAAAGGUAGAUUUUAGCUGUAUGAUAAAAUGGAUGACAUGGUUACACCUUUGUAUUGGCA